AUGUACCUACCAGUAGCAACACUGCCAGCCAUCAUGGCUAACGAGGAUUUGGAAGAAGAUGCUCUAAAGCUUAGCCCGGAAGUGACGUCUUCAACGGCUUCGUCAAUAUAUAUCAAGUGGUCGUGGGAGGGACUUGGUCCUGUAUACGUCCGCGGGUUCAAAGUUCAGUACCACAGACUAGCAAGUUCUUUUCAUCAAGAAAGCGGUUUCCUUCCGCCAUCUGCAGACUCUUACAGCAUCAGGAAUCUUGUUGCUGAUACUUACUAUGAGGUGUGUGUCUUACUGUACCGCAACGACACGUCCGUACCGAUGAAGGAAUGCGUGGACGCUGCUACAACAAGCUGGCACAUCCCUGUAUCUAUUGGCUCCAGUAUUGGCGCUGUCCUAGCUCUCUCCAUCAUCGUGCUCAUUGUCAUGCUAGCACGAUGCCCCAAUUUGGUGCGGACACCCCGCACCGCUGCAGCGGAAUCCAGCAAAUACGACUCAAUGUCCUCCCACUACCCGGAUGACCGGUACGAGAUGAGUGACACAACUACUCACUACCACGAGCAUGAUCGUGACGAAGACAUGUUUUCGCAACAUAGCGAGGGUGACAGCCUUGCCGACUCUAAAACUUCUAGGCACAGCCAUCAUCCUUCACCUCAAAGCCUCGCAGACCGGUUGUGUAAUGGUAGCCGAGGCAUUAACGGGAUAGGAAAACAGAUGCGAGCGCCUGGGCACAGAUUUGAGCGAACGUUGUCGCUUACCGAUAAACGCCACCCACCAAGUCAUAACUACAGGAUGCGCCAGGCUCGGUUAGCCCACCUACAUGCCAACUUUCACUCCAUUCAGUCAGAACCCGGCAGCAUUCCAGCGAGAUCUGCACCACGAGUAAGCAUUACAGACUUCACUCCCCCCAACAGCUCGGAUCUCGCCUCGUCCCGGAAAUCCCACCAUUCUAGCAUGCCUGUAACGCACUUUAGCUGUAGCAAAGGCACACCUCCUCCACACAUCAUCUCCUGCCCAUAUCAGAAAUCCUAUGGGCGAAGAGACAACUCUAGGCUCAUGUACAGAAUUGACUCUGCUACGUCCAACUCCGAGCCUAGCAUGAGUGCUUCUAACAGAAACGAGGCAGGCAAAUCGAAGACACCGGGGUUGAAAAAUCUGCCAAAGACAAUGCACAUGAGUAUAGAUGUCGAUGCCUUGCUGUAA